CUGGUAAGUAAUCCAAGGGUGCGCACACAAAGCGUAGCGAAAUUCCUCGCUGCCCCUGGAGUGAAAAGAGUGAACAACAGGACAUGACAUUGAUAUUUUCCGACGGAGACGCAUCAGCCUGGCGCGCACUUAUCUGGUCGAUUGCCCAAGGAUGUGCGCGCAAGGUGGAGAGGCCAGCUCUUGGAAGUGAAGAAAUGCAUCAAAUUCACUGCAGCCUGACGCGCCUUUGGCGCGAGCGGCAGACAUACUGAGGCGCCGACCAAGAGCAUUCGAACGCCAACAAUGAAACUCCGCCGCCCUGUCGCAGGCACGUUGGGGCCAUGUGAGAGCGCUUGGAUGGUUGGGAAAAAACGUGGCUUCUCGAAGCCAAAGGUGAGUAGCCUGAUGAUACAGGCUCCGCAUCGUGCUAAACACGGUGCGCCGACUCGUGCUCAUCGAUCUCCGCGUCCUGCUCCGACUAGUUGACCUCAACCUCCGCGUUGUGAAUGCCGCGCUGGGGUGUUGGGCCCCUGCCACGGCCAGGACAUUCGAGCCCCUCCAGGCAGCCCAGCGCGACGCCGCAGACCAAGAACAAGAUCAACAAGAAGAAGAUCAAGACACCAGCGAAGACUGCAAUUAAUCCCCAUGGCUCGGUGGUGGCUGUGGUGUUUGACGUGUCCGAACUCGUGCCCGUAUCGGUGGUCGUCGUGGCCGUCUUGGUGGUCUGCUUGACGUCGCGGAACUCGUGCCCGUAUCGGUGGUCGUCGUGGCCGUCUUGGUGGUCGUCGCGGUGGUCGUCUCAGUUGUUGCCUCGGUGAAGUCGAACACGUACGCGGAGCCUGAAUUGGUGCCCUAGUCGUCGUCAUAGUAGGCCCCCACCACCACGCGGGCCCCGUCGGAGCUCACGGCCACCGAGGAACCGAAAAAGUCGUAGUUGGCCCCAUCACUCGCCACAAGCUUCAGCAGCCUCUCGCCGGUGGCCCCGUCGAGCACGUACACGGAGCCGGCACCUUCGCCCUGGUCGUUGUCAUAUCUGCUCCCCACCACCACACGGGCCACGUCGGAGCUCACGGCCACCGAGUGACCGAAACUGUCGCCUGCGGCCCCAUCACUCGCCACAAGCUUCAGCAGCCUCUCGCCGGUGGCCCCGUCGAACACGUACGCGGAGCCUGAAAGGAAGCCCUGGUCGUUGUCCACAUCGUUUCCCACCACCACGCGGGCCCUCGUCGGAGCUCAAGGCCACCGAGAUUCCGAAACGGUCGUAAGCAGUCCCAUCACCCGCCACAAGCUUCAGCAGACUCUCGCCGGUGGCCCCGUCGAGCACUAAACGGCCCCCACCACCACGCGGGCCCCGUCGGAGCUCACGGCCACCGACAUUCCGAACCUGUCGUUGUCGACCCCAUCACCCGCCAAGAGCUUGAGCAACUGCGCGCCGCUGGUAGACAGGCGCCUCCCGAACUCGGCCUGCGGCUCGCGAGGGCGACCGCUCGCCGAGCCCUCCACCCUCGGGCGGGCCAGCGUCCCGCUCGCCGGCGACCCAGCGCUCGGGGCGCCGCGCGCUGCCAGCAGCAAGAGCAGCGCGCCGACGCUGUGAGACGUGCGCAGGCGCAUCAUGCCGUCUGCAAAUGUGCAGAGCUGAGCGGAACGAGAGACGCCAGAGGGGAGCCCUGGGAGGCCGGCGACGGCCCCUCGAAACCUUGAGCCAAAAUUGC